GCCGUGGGGCUGGCCAUGGACCUGGCCGUGGGGCUGGGUGUCGGGCUGGCCGUCGGGCUGGCCGUCGGGCUGGCAGUCGGGCUGGGCUGGCCGUCGGACUGGUCGCGGAGCUGGCAAUCGGGCUAGCCGUGGGGCUCGCGGUCGGGCUGGCCGUGGGACCAGCCGUGGGGCUGGCUGUAGGGAUGGUCGUGGGGCUGGCAGUCGGGCUGGCGGUGGGGCUGGCCGUCAGACUGAUGGCCGUGGGGCUGGCCAUGGAGCUGGCGGUCAGGCUGGUCGUGGGGCUGGCCGUGUGGCCAGCCGUGGGGCUGGCCGUGGGGCUGGCCGCGGGGCAGGCCGGGGGGCUGGCAGUCGGGCUGGCCGCGGGGCGGGCCGCCGGGCUGGCCGCGGGGCUGGCCGUGGGACAGGCCGUGGGACUGGCCGUGUGGCAGGCCGUGGGACUGACAGUCGGGCUGGCCGUGGGGCCGUCGGUCGGGCUGGCCGUGGGGCUGGCCGUCGGACUGGCCGUGGGGCUGGCAGUCGGGCUGGCCGUGGGACUGGCCGGGGCUGGGCUGGCAGUCGGGCUGGCCGUCAAGCUGGCCGUGGGGCUGGCAGUCGGGUUGGCCGUAGGGCUGGCCGUGGGGCUGGUCGUCGGGCUGGCCGUAGGUCUGGCCGUGGGGCGGGCCGCGGGGCUGGCAGUCGGGCUGGCCACGGGGCUGGCCGUCGGGCUGGCCGUCUGGCUGGCCGCGGGGCUGGCCGUGCUGGCCGUGGGGCUGGCAGUCGGGCUGGCCGUCGGGCUGGCCGUGGGGCUGGCAGUCGGGUUGGCCGCGGGGCCGGGCGUGGGGCUGGCAGUCGGGCUGGCCACGGGACAGGCCAACGGGCUGGCCGUCAGGCAGGCCGUGGGGCUGGCCGUCGGGCGGGCCGUGGGGCUGGCAGCCGGGCUGGCUGGGGGGCUGGCCGCCAGGCUGGCCGUGGGGCUGGCCGUUAGGCUGGCCGUCGGGCUGGCCGUGGGGCUGGCAGUCGGGCUGGCUGCGGGGCUGGCAAUCGGGCUGGCAGUCGGGCUGGCCGACGGACUGGCCGUCAGGCGGGCCGUGUGGCUGGCCGCGGGGCAGGCCGGGGGGCUGGCAGUCGGGCUGGCCGGGGGGCGGGCCGCCAGGCUGGCCGCGGGGCUGGCCGUUGGGCUGGCCGCGCUCCGCCGCGGCGGCGCCAGCCACCGCGGGCUGGCCGUGGGGCAGGCCGUGGGGCUGGCAGAUGAGCUGGCCACGGGGCUGGCCGACGGGCUGGCCGUCAGGCUGACCGUGGUGGCCCGCCGCGGCGGCCGCGGCGGCAGCCGCCACGCCAGCCGCGGCGGCGGCGGCAGGCGACAGCGCCGCAGCGCGCGCCACCGCGGCGGCGGCCGCGGCGAGGCAGCCGCGGCCCGCAGCGAAGGCUCUCGGCGGCGGGCGGCGGCCGCGGCGCCCUCAGAGGGGGCCCGGCGGCGCCCCUCAGAGGGGGCCCCGGCGGCGACCUCAGAGGGGGGCCGCGGCGGGCGCCGCGCGGCGGCGGCCAGGGGGGCAGCCGUGCCGGCGGCACCAGCGGCGCGCCCGGCCCCCACAGCGCAGGCGGCGCCAGCGGCCGGGGCGGCCGCAGAGGCCGCCUUGGCCGCGGCCGCGGCGGCGGCGGCGGCGUCAGCGGCCGCGGCGGCGGCGCACGCGGCGGAGGCCGCGGCGGCGGCAGCGCUGGAGGCACCGGCCGCACGCGCAGCGCCGGCGGCGCCGGCCGCCGCAGCCAAGCCAGAGGGGCCGCCGCCGGCGGCAACCAGGGCGGCGGCGAGCCGCGCGGCCGCCGCCUGGCGCUGA